AUGGAUGUCAAUACCGACUUUGCGCUCGCCUUUGAUAUCGAUGGUGUUCUUAUGCGGGGUGGAAAACCCAUCCCCGAGGCUAUAGAAGCCAUGAAGUACAUCAAUGGAGAGAACCCAUAUGGAAUUCGAGUUCCAUACAUCUUCGUUACCAAUGGCGGUGGAAAAACUGAGCAAGAACGAUGCCAGGAUCUUAGCCAACAAUUAGAAAUUGACAUCUCCCCGGGUCAAUUCAUUUGCGGUCACACGCCCAUGCGUGAGAUGGCAGAUCAAUACGAUACUGUUCUUGUCGUCGGUGGUGAGGGCGAGAAAUGUCGCAUUGUGGCAGAAGGAUAUGGAUUCAAGAAUGUCAUCACUCCUGGCGAUAUUAUCAAAACCCGACACGACACAACUCCCUUCCGAAAGUUGACCGAUGAUGAAUUUCGCAAUUCCCGAAUUUUAGAUCUCGACAUGACACAAAUUCAGGCUAUUUUUGUCUUCGCUGAUAGUCGCGACUGGGCAGGGGAUCAACAGAUUAUUCUGGAUUGUCUGGUAUCGAAGAAUGGGUAUCUGAAUCAACGAUCAGAGACCUUUAAUGAGGGUCCCCCACUAUUCUUCUCCCACAAUGAUAUCUUGUGGUCAACCUCACAUGAGCACUCACGCAUUGGUAUGGGUGCACUGCGUGCCUCUGUUGAGGCGCUUUACAAGGCUAUUGCUGAGAAGGAUCUUGGGACCGUCGCUUUUGGCAAGCCGCAGAUGGGUACAUUUAAGUUUGCCACACGCCUGUUACAAGAAUGGUGUCAGAAGUCCCAUGGUAUCGACAAGCUUCCUUCUACAGUCUAUUUCUUUGGUGAUACACCGGAAUCCGAUAUUCGCGGAACGAAUGACUUCAAUAAAAUUGCUGAAAACGAAUGGUUCUCUGUUCUGGUGAAGACCGGUGUCUAUCAAGAUGGUACUGAUCCUCGAUUUGCGCCUAAGAAGAUUUGUGAUAACGUCCUUGACGGCGUGAAGUUUGCGGUGGAGCGCGAACAGCAGAAGACGUUGCAGUAA